AAAUGUAAACUCGCCAAACAAUGGUGGCCCCUCGUUCACGAUAGAUCCCCAUAUUCUAAGCUACUCAUUCGCUAAACAAAGUCAGAAAACAAUCAAAAACAAACCAGAAAACAAAAAUAAAAAAUUAGAAAACAAAAUUUUCAACCCCAAAGUUGACUUUAUUACCAAUAAACUCCCACUUCUUUAUAAACCUAAUCACAAUAUCCCAAGUUCCUAAUCCCCCCCAAAAAAAUUAAAAAAUAAAAAACCCAACCAUAUUAUUAUUCCCUCCAUAUAAAAGGCAGUGUCCCUCAAACUGUAGGACUAUCACUUAAAAUUUCUCUCUCAUCAAAAUAUUUCUGGAAUUCUCUACUCUUAAUUUCUCUCUCUAGAAAAAUGGAUGAAUCGAAGAUAAGAGGGAGUCAAAUUCCGGCGUUUGGGAACUGGGAGCAUGUAAACGAUUUACCCAUAACUCAGUAUUUUGAAUGUGCACGUCAAGCGGGGUUAAUCCGGUACAGCUCAUCCUCAGGAGAAUGCUGUGAUAAUCAUCAUAAUCAUAAUCAUAAUCAAAAUCAGCAUCCUAAUGAUGAUUUAUACACCGUUGAUUUCAUCAAACCUCGUCCUAAACAGGGGAAGGGGAGAGAAAAGAGAGCAGGAAAUAAUGCACAUGUUAAGGAAGGAAAUAGGAAGCAAGCAGGGAAGGUGUUUGACGUUACUGUAACGGAGAUCCCUUCAUCAGAAGCAGGAGUCAAACGUCAACCUCGUCAAGCUGUAACAGCCGUUAAGAAGAAGCAACAGCAGUACCAAUACGACGCCGGAUCAGCCGCCCCGCCUCGUAGAGCUCCCAAAGCUGUUGAUGAAGAUCUCUAUAAGAUCUCUCCGGAGCUCCUUAAGCGAAAGAGAAGACUAGGAUUUAUUUCAAGAUGCUUGGUUCCCCCUUGUGCAGUCUAAUGCAAGUGACAUAAAACCGAAGAAAAUCAAAACGAGUAUUUUGUAGAAGCUUCCCUUGUAUGCAAAGAUUAGAAUUCCGGUUUUCGGCUGGUCGAUGUAAUAUAUACAAUCUAUAUACUGGUAGCCUUUUGAAUUGUAGUAAAGCUAUACUAUGAACAUUUAGAGCUUAGUCAAGAGAUAAGCUUGAUUGUCUAUAUUUACAUCCUUAUAUUGUCAUAUUUUGGUAGUGUACCACUUUGAACGAGAAGUUGGGGUGUCAAAGUUUUCAAAGGUAGGCCAAAAUGUUGAAAAUAUUAGUGUUAGCCAUUGACUACGUACCAUGAUUAUUAAGGUGCGCCAUUUGAAAAUUUGUCGUACUUAGAGAAGAAUUUUCAUGCUUGUACUAUUGGUCUUUUCAUGGAAUCUACGAUGCAACAGAAAAAUUUCUUACAAGUACUUUA